CCAGCCACUCGUCACUUCGAUGUAAUAACGAGCAGUCGUGUUGCUACAGGGCUCAUUGUAGUUCACACGAAAGCCCUUAACAGUGCCUUUUCAAAUGUAGUCCUUUGGUGUUUUUAGCGCAAAGGCUUUGUAUCUGAAUUUCGAGAGGAAAAUCGAUGAAAUCAUCAAUUGCGGUCUAGAUCAGUAAUCGACCGUCUCCCACAGUCUCCGACAGUGUUCUAUCCCGAUGGGUUGAGUACGCCGACAUCUUGUGAUAGUGGUAACACCACUCACGCUACUUAAAAGGGAAUUAAAUUGAUAAAGUGGUGCAAGAGUACACCUUAAAAAUACUUGGCCGACGAGCUAUAACCAAUGAAGACUCCGAGCGCAGCAUUCGGAGCAUCGUCAGUAGAACCGUGAACACCUGGCCGCACCAUCACUAUUUUGAUGGUCACUCUCCCGCUGGAGAAAAUUAUCUACACGCACUGUCACUUCAUUAUUAUUAAGUUUCUCAACAUAUUCUUCAUUUUGUAGUCUAUCUAUCUAUUUCUAUAUAUUUCAAAUUGUAAUUAGUUUGAAAAUGAGCAAGAUUCUAAAAGUCGUCGGAGCUUCGUGGCUCCAGACGAAAAUCAGCUCCUACAUCCUUGGGAUUCUCGGCAUCCUGUCAAUCUUGGCCCUGUUCGUUGGACAAAUUGAAAGAAUUCAGGAAGAUGGAAAUUAUGCAGCGACUGUAUUUUUCUCGAAUAAAACCGGGUAUCGCAUCGAGUACUGGGGGCAGAGCAAUGAGCUAGCAGACAUACCCAGAGGGGUAGCACGAGCAUACUUUAGAAUGGACAUUGAUACCACUGGGUGGUCUCUUUUGGAAAUCGAAACGGACCCAUCAUACUCCGACGACCACCAAGCUUACGCGGCGGGUAUCGUGGAAGGCGCUCUCACGUGGUCCCUGAUCCACUCGCACUUAGAGAAUACCAUCAGAGCGAAGUGCGAUGAAAGUCCCUCAGUCAUGAAGCAGUGUAACAAGUUCAGGGAUACCCUUGACAAGUCAGUCGAUAUCUGGAAAGCACACGCCGCAGAAAAAGGGGGAGACGACCCAUUCUGGCAUCAUGUAUCCCUGCACUACAUACAAAUAAGCGGCAUACUCACCGGUUGGAAGCACGGAAUUGACCGCAGUAUGAAAGAGUAUGAAACCGACAUUUCAGACUUGUACUGGCUGAAUUCCGUAUCAGAAGCCAUUGAAAUCCAACGCAAAAUGAACAUCUCUUUAGAAGACGAAGCUCUUGAAACAGUUCCUCAUUUAUCCAGUGCCUUUUUGAGAGUUGCUGACGAUAAAACUAAAGAUGGGAUUCCCACUAAAAAGUUGUACGUAUCGCAAAACGCUGCUGGGAGCUAUGCUUCAAUGACCCGUAUUCUGAAGAAAUACAAACUGAACUAUCACGAGACUGCCAAAGAUUCCAAACUCGUUCCCGGUACAUCGGUCCAUUUCUCUGGCUACCCUGGUUCCAUCACUAGCCAGGACGAAUUCUACGUUGUGAAGGGCGACAAACACAGAUUGGCAGUCACAGGCACUACGCUACGGAACUAUAACCAUAAAUUAUGGAAGGAAGUCAACAUUACGGAACAAGUGCCUGUGGGUCCUCGAGUGUCAGCAGCUAAUCAUCUGGCGACCAACGUGAGUUCCUGGGGCCAUAUCAUGGCAACCAGCAAUUCGGGAACAGCCUGCAAGCAAUGGCUCAUUGUAGACUUUAACAGAUUCGACCAUCUACACACCUUAGCUCCACGAACCGAAGUCGAUGAGCCAAAUGAAGUGGUUACCGAGAGCACUCUUGAAAAGGACGUCAGACAUAUAGUGGUGUACCGCAACAACAACGUUCAUUCUAAGGGUCUGCUGUCGCUGGUAGAGCAAGUGCCUGGACGGACGCAUUCGGCAGAUCUGUCUGACGCUUUCUUGGAACAAGGAUAUUGGGCCACAUAUGGAUUGCCGUUCUUCAAAGAUAUCGCAGAAAUCACACACGUCAACAAAAUGGAAGAGAAGUACGGGAAUAUAUUCUCGGAGUCCGAAUCACCUCGUGCUCUGUUGUUCAAGCUAGGUCACACAAACGCCACGACACUGGACAGCAUCAUAUCGUUAAUGAGACAGAACAACAUGACGGAAGCAAACAGCACUAAUAAAGAAGACAUUGAAGAAUGUUCCGGUGAUGUCAACUGUAUACUCAGUGAGCGAGGCUAUUGGUCUGUUGUAGGAGUGAGAGGAGACAUCACUAGUCUUCAUAGAGAAGCCUUCGGAGUUAUUGACACAAAAGUCGUGAGCGGAGCUCUUAACGAAACCAAUUUGGAUAUUUUCGCGGUAUCCGGCCCACCAUACACAGAAAUUCAACCGAACGCCACGAAAAUAUUAUUGAACAAGGGAAACAUUGCGCCCAUCUAUACUGAACUGCUUAAUGACAAGCCCGACAUCAACGGCAUUGAAAUCAGAGACCUCGUGCUACAUGAACAGGAGAAGGCUGAGGAAGAUAAACUGGAACUCCUCAAUAAAGACCUGAUAAAACCCUUUGAUUGGUCAGAAAGUGAAUUUAAGAAUGCUUCUCACCAGGGUCUGCCCGACCGGUGGGCUUUUAGUCUAUACUCCCCUAAAUGGACGUGGUGAAUCUCCAGUCAUCAUAUCUUUCAUAAUAAUUUGUUUUAAUUUAAUUUUAAGCCCUGGUUCAUCACUUCCAACUAGCUAAUUAUACUGACUACCGGGAUUAAAUAUCAUACGUAGGUACUUAUCCCAGUUUAAACUUUGACAAAGUGAUAUUUUCGUACUUCGUUUACUGUAAUAUUUUUAAUUAAUGACGGAUGUUUUUAGCAAGUUCUGGUCGUAAUAAUAUUUCAAUGUUUACGUUAAGAUUAUUUAUUGGAUCUAUGUUUGUUCCGUACCGUACCUACAUGUUCGUUUGUAUAUUUGUCUUAGAUUUGUAGUAGUUACUGUGUAUCUACGACUUUGUCUGAACUAUGGUAAUCACGCAGGACUGCCGGGAAUCUUUCAGAGGAAUAACUUACUACUUUUAAGUAUUCAUUCUUAUUAUAAAACAGAUUUUAAUGAAAUCUUGCAUAUAAAGUGUACUUACUUAAAUAAUUUUAAAAGUAGGUAUACCAUCUCGACCAUUUGUCUUAUGUCGUGUUUGUAUUUAAACGGCUUUAGUACUUUAAUUGUGUACUAUUUUUAUUUAUUUAAACAUUAUUUUUGUAUCCGUUUCAUCAAAAAUCAUUGUAUCUUUUUCAAAUUGGCAUCAUCUGUAUGUAUUGUGAGCGUUAAUAAAAUGAAGUGACUUAACAUUCGAUUUUGCUCUCGAAAAUAAAUGUUUUCAGCGUAGUUUAUUAUAUACUA